AUGCUCGCAGCCAGUGCUCACAGCAAGACCCUGGACUCUCCCACAAGUGUCGCCGGCAAAAAGAUAGAAGACCCGUCGGCCACGUCGCGCCAGGGACACGUCGUCACACGCGCCGAGUUGGAGAUAAUCGUUGACGACCCGUCGCUCGCGACCAUCUGCGAGGAGCUCCAGAUCGCGAGCCGGCGAAACGCUGGUGUUCUCGAGGUAGAGUGGUUCCGCGACGGCCGCGAGCUGACGCUCUUCCAAACGUACGCGAGCAGCGAGGCCGCGGCGAAGCAGCACGCCGAGGCGUGGGUCGGGAGCGGCAUCGGUCGGCGCCUGUGGCGCUUGUGCCGCGUCGUCCGCGUCAUUCAAUACGGUCGCUACGAUGACGACCUCGUCGAGAUCGCACGGACGGCCGACGCCUUCACGCGCACCGCGGACGGCAUCGUGCUGGAGGUCCACGGGCCCCUCGGCCAACCGCACCGCCGCCCGCGCCCGGUCUGUGCGCCCGAGCGCGUGAUCUACGAGAUGGAGGUCGUGGGCGAUCUCGAGGCCAUUAAUGAAGACAUACGCGUGCGGCAAGAAAACGCGCGCUCCGAUCCGGACCUCCUUGAUUUCGAAUGGUUCCUGACGCCCGACGGGCGGUUUUUGACGCUUCUUUGUACUUACGCCGACGUGCUGGCGCAGCAGCGGAGCUUCGUGAGAUCUAUGAGAAAUCCUUUACCGGAGUCGCUCAUGCUCCUGAAAUCCAUGCGCACCUACGGCCACGCCGCGCUCCGCCCGGGGAACGACCCCCCGCCCGGAUGGACCGAGGUCAUGCUCUUGACGGAGCACCAGGAGCCGGUCGGUCGCCGGAGCUUCCAGCGCUGA